AUGUUUUGUUCUUUUGAUAAAUGCAAUACAACUAUAAGUUUAGAUUCAUUAAUAAAAGGAUUGACUAUAUCAUGUUUAUUGUGUUCAGAUGCUUAUUAUUGUUGUGAAAUUUGUAGAAAGUAUGAUAGGUAACAAAUAAAAAAAAUUAAAUGUUUAGCAAGCAUUAAUAAUAAUGUUUAGGGACCUAAUAAACAGUUGGCGUUGAAAAAAAAAAUAUUUUAAAAGAAAUGCAAUUAUUAGAAUAAAUAGGCUAAGGAAGUUUUGGAACAGUGCAUAAAAUAUUAAUUUAGGAUCAAUUAUAUGCUCUAAAAAAGAUGAAUAAAAAUGGUUGUUCUAAGGAAGUUAGAAUUCAUAAGCAUUUGAAUCAUAAAAAUAUAAUUUAGUUUCAUUACUUUUUAGAAGAUUAAGAUUACAUUUAUAUAAUUAUGGAAUAUGCAUGUAAAGCAUUCUAAAUCUUUAGCUUAGGGAACAUUAACAUAAAAUAGAGAAAAUUAUAAUGUUUAGAACAUAUUCAAAUAAUUAUGCGAAGCUGCCAUAUAUUUGCAUCAUAAAGGAAUUAUUCAUAGAGAUUUGAAACCAGACAAUAUUUUAUUGGAUUAGUACGGGAACCCUAAAAUAUGUGAUUUUGGUUUGGCUACAUAUGAAAAUUUAAUAAGUAGUUUUUCUGGAACAUUUGAAUUUAUGGCACCAGAAGUCAUUAAAAACUUACCUCAAACUCACAAAAUUGAUGUAUGGUCUUUAGCUGCUAUAUUAUACUGGAUGCUUGAAAACAAACCAUUAGUAUAAGGUUUAAUAAUAUACAAAUUUAGGUAAUUAAAUAGAGAAGAUGCAAUAAAUUCUAGAUUUUACCUAACCUUAAUUUACUAAGAUAAAAAAUCCUUUUAUUAAGGAUUUAUUAAUACAGAUGCUAGAACCAGAUCCUGAUUUAAGAAUUUCAUUGUAAAAUGUGAUGAAUCAUAAAUGGAUAUAAAGUAUAGAUAUAAGCGAGAAAGAAAUUUAUGAUAUUUCAACUUAAUCAAGUGUUUAGAGACAGCAAUAAAUUGAAAUUUAAUAAUAAUAGCAAAUACAUGAUUUGAGCAUGUUAUAAAAAAUUAUAUUACUUUUUGGUUGGGGUUAUAGAGAGAAGCAGUUUUGA